AUGAACCUCCAAGUAGAACCACCGGAGAAGAAGAGUAAAAGGAAGAAAAAGACGUCACCAUCACCUUCGACAUCUCCAUCGUUUUCUUUACUUCCAGACGAAAUCAUCGUGAGUUGCUUAGCCCUGAUAUCGAGAGCAUACUACCCGAGACUCUCAAUCAUUUCCAAAAGCUUCCGGUCACUCCUCUCUUCCAAGCAGCUCUACACAGCUCGAUCUCACAUAGGAAGCACCGAGCAGUGUCUCUACGUCUGUCUCUCCGAUGAAAGAUACCAAUCUCCCCAAUGGUUUACCCGCUGGAUUAACCCUAAUCUAGCCCUCGAGAAGAAAAAGAAGAAGAAGACACUCGGAAAAUCGUUGGCUCCAAUUCCAUCGUCUGAUUCUCCUUCGAUAUCAAAAUCAACCGUAGUUGUUGGUUCAGACAUUUACGUUAUCGGUGGACCAAUCAAGACCGAACCGUCAUGUCCCUCAUCCGCCAUAAGAAUCCUUGAUUGUCGUACUCACACAUGGCUUGAUGCACCUAGCAUGAUCGUAGCCCGGAACGAUUCUCUCACAUGUUUCUACGAUGGAAAAAUAUAUGUCAUGGGAGGAUGCGGAGAUGAUGAUGAACCAUGGGCCGAGGUGUUCGACAUAAAGACGCAAACAUGGGAUUGUCUCUCUGAUCCGGGUAAUGCGAUACCACUACAAGAAAACAGCG